GCAGGAUCCGAUACCCGGGUAUUUUACUCCCUCAGUCUUCACUAACCAACCAACCAACCAGGAAGCCCGGCCAGAGAUCCGACUAUCUUUCUCCUGCCAACUUUCACUCCUAAAACUAAUUUCCCUUGACAUUUAACUUUCUCCUCGUUCGUGUCCUACCUGACCGAACGGCUGUAAAAAAACAUACCAUUCCGCACUUUCACUUUGAUCGGUGCGGUGAAAGUUGGAGUAAAAUAGACACUUCCGCCUCCAGGUUUUGGGUGGUCAAAAAAAAUUUAUAAAGGUUAUAAAUAGUUUGAGUGAUAAGCACUUAUCUUAAUAAGAUAGAGGAGGAUAAGUAAAAAUUGUGGAGGUGGAGGUGGAGAAAGUUUGUAAAAUUGUAAUAUUUCUCUUAUCCUGAUAAGAACUUAUCUUAAUAAAAUAUAGCAAGAUUGAUAACAAAUUGGGGAUAAAAUUCGACAAUUUUUGUCCUGAUAAGCACCUUAUCUAAAAUAAAAUUGGGCAAGAUUACUAAAAAUUGUGGAGGAGGAGAAAGUUUGUAAAAUUGAAAUCUAUGGAUAAGAACUUAUCAAAGUAAAAAUACAUCAAAAUUGUUAAAUACAAUUGUGGAAAAAGUUCGAAAAAAGUUCGUCAUAUUUUAUUCACCGAUAAGCCCUUAUCUAAAAAUAAAUUUGAGGACAGUUUCUCACUUCCUGUUACAAAGAAGACUGCAUUUUUAGACAAAAUGGGUUAUCAGUACGGCUAAAAUUUUGGAGAAAGUUUAUACCAAAGAUAUUGACUUGUUAAGAUGAUAAGAACUUAUCUUACCGACCGGAUGUAGAGAGUAGAUAAGUGUAUUGCUUAUCAUGGAAGUCUUCACGGUGGUGGAACGCCGCGCCGCCGAUUCGGACGACGACGAUGACGCCGGGGGAUUUAAAUUGUGCUACGGGGGAAGCUCGGCGAGGAGAAGGCCGGGGAUUCAGGUUCCCUUCGGAAUCGCGGUCACAGUCCAAGCCGUUAUUGCGCUCGGACUGACGGGAUUGCUAACCUGGAAUUUUCUGGAUUUGGACGCGGCACGAAAUGGACUUCCUGUGUUCGGACGACUCGUCAUGAUCGUUUGCCUUUUAGCUUCGUUCUACUUUCAGAAAACCAUUUACACGGGCCAUGUCGAGAUCCAAGAUGGCCACCUAGUCACGAAUUUGAUCCUUUACGUGACCUCACUCCUGACCGGGGUGACCUUCUGGCUCGUCCAGAUGCAAUACUCGUCCUCACUUUCGCCCGGCGUGGCGAAUUUCUCUUCAGUGGAGCCCAUAAUUUUGGUCACGGCGUUGAUCGUGGGAGUUUACACGCUUCGAAAAUUAAUGACACAUUACGACAAUCAUCGCACUGAAGAGUUGGACAUUUACACGCGGCCCCUCUUCCCGCAGGUCCUCGUCGUCUUCGCGCUUCUGGAAGCGAUUUUUGGGCUGGUGUUUGGCGUGUCAAUGAAUUUUGUGGUGUCGUCGGACUACGAGUUUACGAAGAGGUGUGGCUGUCUGGUCGGGAUUUUCGUGUCUGGUGUGAUCAACGAGCUGGGAAUUAUGUUCUCAAAGGAGAGUCGUUCCGCCUUGAUGGUGAAAACGGCGGGAUUUUUCAUCAACCUAAUGUGCACACAAAUGACGUGGUGGCUCUCGUACUAUAAAGAACGUCAAUUAACCCUGUACGGACUGGGGGUCGGGUUUCUCACCCUGAUUUUUGGGGUCCUUUACACCGUGGAAAUGAGCCUACAGACGGCGCAACUGAACUCCCACAACCCCGACGGCCAUGGCCCCAGAUCCACUUUUUUACAGCCCAAGUCGUCGGGGGACUCAAAAAAGGGCAACAAUGAGGAAGACGAUGAAGAUGCUGCUUCCGUCGAUACUGAAUCGUCGGAGGACGAAUCCGGAAUUAUUAUCCUGAGCAGAUACUGCGUCAUCGGAUUUGCGGUCAUUUUGCAAAUCGCACUUGGUCUUCUUCCCGUUGUUGUCCUAAUUCAAGACAUUUUCUACCCGGCAAAGGACCCCAGACAAUUGAGUCAAGACCGAAUUGGAAAUUGGUGCAUGUGGGCGGUUGGAUUUUUCGCGGCGUUGCUUUUAAACGAGUUGGUCCUAUUUCAAAACAGGGUCCACUAUGCUCUCGUGUCUCUCUGCACUUCGGCAUUUUGCACGAAUUUUUGCACUGGAUGUAUCCUGAGCUACCGUGGGAUUCGAAUGUCCAUGGAGGAGCACGGCUUCCCCCUCAACUUUCUGGCCGUCGUGGUCAUGUGGGUUCCGUACUUUAUCUUCUCCCACCUCGACUUUGUUCGCCUGACGAGAUUCGCCCUUCGUCUCGAAGAGAGACAAGCUGUUCUCGUUCCCAUGACGACGAUGACGAGUGGGGGCGGGGGGAGUGGUUCGGCGAAUCAGGGGGGAAAUAACCCCCCAAUGUACCAGGCCUCCCAACUUUCCCUCUUUGUCGCCAGUGGGGUCCAGAGCGUCGUCGCGGUGGCGGCUUUCCUUCCAACAACGGAUCUGGUGUACUUUCCGGGAAAAAUAUUUUCCAUUCUGACCUUUCCAAGUUUGACGUUUAUUGCCGAAGUUAUAUUUCAAUUCGGAAAGACGUGCCGUGGCCCGUUUUUGAUCACAUUUACGGCGUUUUUCCUGGGGACGGUAUAUUCUCAGCUGGUUUGGUAUAUUUCUCUGGUGUUGGACGAGGAGGAGGAAUUUUUGGGGAUGGGGAAGCCCUACCUGCUCGGCGUGGGGGGUUUCAUGGGUGUGGCCGCCUUCCUCUACGUCGUCCGCUUCCUUUACGUCAUCCUCACCAAGUGGGAAAAAAAGGAGUGAUGUGACCUACUCGUUUUAGAAAUUAAUUGCUAAAGUAAUUGGUAUUAUGUAUGUAAAUAUGGACGUGAUUAAGAUUUUAAUUGGUAAUUAGUUAAUCGGUGAUUAAGGGAUUAUUGGAAUAAUUGUUGUUUGUUGGGAUAAUUAUUAUGUGAGCAUGAACAUGACUAAAUUGUUAAUCUGUAAUUUAGGGAUUGAUUGAAAUAAUUGUUAUUUUUAAUGGUCAUAAUUAUUGUGUAAAUACGGCAUGAUUAAGUUUUUAAUAGGUAAUUUUAUUGAUUGAUUAAUCAGUAAUUUUGGGAUUGAUUGGAUUAAUUUUGUUUUUAAUCGUUGAAUAACCACGUAAUAAUUAAGCAACAAUUAAUUAAUCGGUAACCGACUACUGAUUAAAUUUUUAGACAAUGAAGCCGGUAAUUACUUUAAUUAAAAUUUAAUUAAGAAUUAAUUAAUCGAUUAAUUAAAAUUGAUUAGUACAGAUUUUGAACAUGUUUGCCACCGAAAUCAAAUAAUUUUAGAAUUAACGCAUAUUAAAUUAACUAAUUAACUACAGAUCCCGAUUUGGUCGGAUCAUUAUAUACGGAUUCCAGUUUGCUGCUUAUUAAUUAAGUGACUAAUCACCAAUUAACUAUCCCUGUCCGUACUACUGAUUACUAACAAAUUAAUUAACCAGUUAAUUAACUAAUUACCGCACUGAACAUUAAAAACAAUCAAACUAUUAACCUGCUAAUUAACGCCUAACGAAUAAUUCCUUACUUUAAACAUUGGCCUUCAGUAGAAAGAAAAAAUGUUUUUCGGGAAAAACACAAUGAAUUACCAACCGUAUUACUAACUAACUGAUAUUUAGUGACCUUAACCAAUUAAACUAUAAUUAAACUAAUUAUGUAAAUAACUAAUUAAUUAAUUAAGCUAUCAAACUAACAAGUAAUUAACAAUCAAAACCUGUGCUGCACAAAACACUAUCCUUAAAAAAAUAUACCCUUAACCUUUAACUGCCCUUGAGACAAAAAUACAAUCAUAAGGAAUUAAAACAAGGUUAUAAAUAUGGCAAUCUAACAUGUAAAUAAUUUGGUAACGAUUUGUUACCGGGUGGUAAAUUUUUAUUACCUGCGGUUAACUAUUAUUAUCCGACGGCAAAUUUUUGGUAGAGGGUGGUAAAUGUUUAUUAUCUGGUGGUAAAUGUUUGUUACCGGGUGGUAAAUAUUUGUUACGGGUUUUAAGGUGCAAAUGUUAGUGUGACGAUAAAUGAAGUAUGUCCCUAAUUAAUUUUUCGUUUUAAAAUCCUUCCUGAACUAUUCUAAAAAAAAGAUAUGAAUUAAUCAGCGUGUGACAAUUUUCAUCAUCACCCGAGACAAAUCAGGCAACAAUCAAAAAAGCUCAAACAAAUAAAACAAAUUGGUAAACACACUUUUCCGGUAAUAAGUACUAAUUUUGCAAUUUUUUUUAGUUUUAUUAAUUUUACGAAUUCUACCUAUUUUAAUAAUUUUACAGUAAAGUAAUACAAUUAAUUUUAAAUCUCUGACUUUAAAUACAAAAUUUCACCUAAAUUGCAUUUUAAAACAUUUGUCUGACUAAAAAGACGAAGUACAUUUCUAACAGUGAUGAGAAUGUCUAAAUUUCGAGAGGUGUAUUUGUCUAGAACUAGAAUUAUUAUGUAAAUUUAUAAUUUACAAGACUUGUAUUUUGUCGAAUAUUACUUGUUAAUGAUGAAAUGAGCAGAUGAAGAUGCAAAUUCUUUUGGAAUAAUGAACGUGACACCAUUUUUUGCACACUUUUGCAACUGUGCAAAAAUCAAAAUAUGUAAAUGUGGAUUGGAUGAAAUAGAGAACUUUAGUGAUAUUAGAAGAAAACGAAACCUGUUUAGAACUUACUUAUUAGCGAAGUAAUAAUUAGUUGGUGGGUCAAAUAUUAAUCCUUAAAUUAACAUGGACAAGAACUACUAAAAAAUUAUAUGUAACAAUUUAACGUAAAUAAUUAUGAAUUGUGUCACGUGUAAAAUUAAAUGUGCUAAAAUUUACAGAAAUGUGUUAGUGUUGAUUGUCGUAAUGUUAAAAUUGGCAAUAAAAAUUAAAUUCUGGUUUGUCAAA